GCGGGGGCCAUGACGCCCUACAUGCCCCAAGCAUUAAAGAAACGGCUCCUGCACCCUUAGAAUCAGAAAAACUGCUGGCCGCGUCAUGACCAUGGUUCGAAAAUGAUAAGCCCAUUUUCAACCACCACUACCACAGGUAACCGGAGGAGGAUCCACGCAGUAGCCUCAAAGGUGGUGGCCCGAGUGGCAACCGAAGGCUGCCUGACAGCCACUGAGAAUGGUGCACGCUGGUACAAACCAGGCACGGAAGUCUCAGAAGCCCUGUAAAGCCGGCAGCCACUGAGAGCGGUGACACAUAUAUUGGCGCGAGCCCUGCACAGAGGCCUCAGAAGCCCUGGAGGCUGGACGGCCACUAAAAGUGGUGCAAACUGGCGCGGGUUCGGAGCAGAAGCAUCGGAAGCUCUCUACAACAGGCAGCCACCGACAGCAGUGCGAAAGGGCGCGAGCCCAGCACAGAAGUAUCAGGGCCUACUAGCGUUGCUUCUCCCGCCCCCCCCCCCCGCACGCCGGGGGGGCUCUCAUGUCCGCUGGCUCCCACUGGCGGAGCUGCCGCCGUUGCGUUCCCACCGCCACCCGCCAGCCGCCGGGAAAUAGAGUGCAGCCCGUCGAUCCCGAGGAGGCGGCCACGCGCACGCCCUGCUUCCGAACGGGCUGGCCGCGUCACGCCAUGGUCUCAGGGCCCGACCCCUCGAAGGCGAGGCCCCUUCAACUGCGGCCCCCUCCCGCGCCGGGGCGUGGCGGCGCCGCGCCACGGGCCCAGCGAGGCGCUCGGCGGCGCUCGGCGGCAACGCAACGAAGCAGCGACGACGCUUGCGAAGCGGCAAAGCGGCGAAGCGGCAAAGCGGCGAAGCGGCGAAGCCGCGCAGCCGCGCAGCGGCGCAGCGGCGAAGCGGCGAAGCGGCGACGACGACGCAGCGGCAAAGCGGCCGCGUCGGGCGACGACGAAGCGACGACGGAGACGGCGCCGCGACGAAGCGACGAGGCGGCGGCGCGACAACGACGACGGCGGCGGCCGCGAGCGCGCGCCCUGGCAGCGUCACCCACCGAGAGAUGUUUUUUGUUGGGGGGGAAGCCCUGGCCUUCGAGGAGCGGGGUGUCGGCCACGGACUGCUCGAUGAGCUCGCCGCGCUUGCGCUCGGCAUCCUCCACGCCCACGGGCACGGGAGCAUGCGCACCGCCUCCAUCACCAGCAGCAUCGGGCGCGCGCCCCGAGGGAUUGGGCGCGCCGCGAAGAGGCCAGAGCCGGGCCCCCGGGCCCGCCCGCGGGGCCCUGCGGCGAGGGGAAACGACACGCGGGCGGGGGGGUGCCAGCUUCAGGCCGGGCCUGCCCCCCUACAGGGAGAGUCUGGGCGAAAAAUCCAAGCCCUGCCCGAACCCAGAACCUCGGACCUGCCCGCCUCCCGCUGGCCCGCACCCGCGCUGGGCCGCCUCAGAGCCCAGAGCCCGGGGCGGCUCCAGGUCGGGAGACCCUUCGCGCCACGAGCGAGGGUGGGCAACGCGGCGGAGGCCACGAAUCGGCGGCGAGCCACGGAGGGGGAUGAGGAGGAGGAGGAAGGCCCGCCCCCUCCCCCUCCCCCCCCGCCGAGCUGGGCGCCGACUGCAGGCCAUGCCUGCGAGGGCGGCUGCCCAAGCCGAGUGCCCGAGGCAGGCGCGGGGCGUCGCUCCCCCGCGGGAGCGCGCGCACGGGCGGGCAGGGAGGCGGAGGGAGGAGGGAACACGGACAGAGUAGAGGCGCGGAGAAGAAGGGACAGGCGAGAAUGCGGCAGGAGCCAAAACUGCUGCGAAAGUAUUGUGUGCGGCGCCCGAGUCCCUCGCCCUCGCGAAGACCGCAGCGCGCCGCGCGCAAGGUUUCCCGGUGCCGGGAAAAGACACCAGCUCAUCUCGAGGUGUGGGCCGCCGCCGUGCAACAACCGUCAAAAAAAAAACUCGGGGCGGCCGCCGGGAGCACGAAGGCACACUCCGACCCUCGCCCUCGCUGGCAAGCUGCACCGAGGCCACACGGAACGCUUGGCGGUCUGUGGCGGUCGGCGUCCGCAGCGGGGCGCGUCCGCAGCUCGAGUGCGGCGGGUGCGGAGGAGAGGGCGAGGCAAGACGGGAAAGGGGGGAAGCGGCCGCGGAACGGCCAGGGAGCUCUCGGGCCACGCAGGUCUUCCGGCGGCGCCGGAGGUGAGGCUCCUGAGCUCGGCACCGGCAUGGCAGAAGGGCGGAGGGCGUGCUCCCAAGAGAGUAAGAGGCAAGCUGGGCACCCGAGAGAGCGCGGCCCGGCCAGCGCGGAGUCUCACGCGCCGGAGAAAAACGCCACCCUGGAGCGCAUGCUGCGACGUCGGGGCAUCGAGCAAAAAUCGCGACGGAAACUUCUGCCGACGUGUUCGGCCUCCGCGGGGGCCAUACUCCCCGCCCCAGGGACCGUCAAAACGCGGCUCGGGAGUCAAGGAACAAUCCGCGGGGAGAGGUCGAGAUCCCGGGGCGCCCACGUCGCGAACAAACUGGGUCGCCAGAGGGGAGGGCAAGGCAAGAUCUCGCCGCGCAAGUCUCGACGGCCCCGCGGGGCAAACUACUCUUUGGCCGAAGCCAGGUAGCCGCCGAGCGGGGGCUCCCCCAUGCCGGUCGGAGCGCAGGCGUGGCCCUGCUGUGGCCAGGGCGGGCUGGGGCCAGGAUGCCCCACGAACUGCCCGCCGAGCUGCGGCUGGAACUGAAGAUGGACACUGUCGUGGCCGGCCUGCGGCCAGGGUGUGCCGUAGGCGUGGGUCCCUCCAGCCUGGCCGUGGCCAAAACCUCCAGCCUGGCCGUAGCCAAAACCUCCAGCCUGGCCGUGGUGAAAGCCCACAACCUGGACGCACGUGCCGGGAUGCCCCCCGACCUGGCCGUGGCGGAAGCCUCCGGCUGCGACAGGAUGUCCUCCGGCCUGGCCGUGGUUGAACUCGCCGACGAAUUGGGCCAUGGGGCUCCCGAUCGAUCCUGGGGAUCAUGCUGGUCAGGGGCCGCCUCGUUCUGCUUCAUCGCGUUCUUCCACAUCGCCCUCGACAUCCUUCUGUCGGCAAGCUCCUGGGCGACCUUAUCCAUGCCACACGUGCCUUUGUAGCACAUCCAAGCGCAGAACACGAAUACCACGAAAACUACGAAUGCAAUGACAGCAUACGUGACCACAGAUUCCUUGAACCAAGAGAUGGAUGGCUCCUUCUUAUUCAUGAACCUUCUCCAAUUGGCCCAAUUGAUUCGGUCUGUUGUGUCGAAUACAUGCCCGUACUGGGAAAAGUCGACGUUGAUGGAGUUGGGAAUGCGGCCGAUGUCGAGGAGCUUUUGGUGAAGCUGUUCAAGUUGCGAGACAUAUCCUAAGCACGUAUUUCCAAACCCAUUCCCCUCGCAAUCUGUAUUCUCUGCGUAAUACCUGAUCCUGCCCGACAUUGGCUCGUAGUCGGAAGCUGGGAACACAACCUCGUUCAAGGUCUUGGCAAGCAUCCAGCUACAGCUUCCGUAUAUCCCACUGAGCGCAGUGAGCGCAGCUUGCCCAGUGAACCAAGCUUGUGCAUUAAAAUCCGCCAGCUCCUCCGAGACUGAUUCGUGGACGCCUUGUGAUCUGAACACAUCGAAGAUGUAGAUACUCUGGUCGAUCGCAUUGUCAAAAUCGCCUGGAAGCAUGUGACUAUCAGACCAUGCGGCAAGAGUAUUCACCAUCUCUGACGCGGAAAGGCCGGCAUACGUCGGUGACCACGAGUACUUGACCCAACUGUCCUUUCUCCCUACGAAAAGUAACCGACGACGCGACCUCACCAGGUCACCGAGAGUAGGUAUGGUAUGGUUCCCUAUCUCCCAGUGUGCGCAACCUACGGAGCGGUUACCGAGGUCAGGCUGCGACAAGUCGCUGAGUGUGCUACCGCACUGACCAAACACAUCCACCAAAAACUUGUCUAACAUCAUGGAGUCCUCCUUGCCCGAACCGCAAACGCCAGAUGGGUCUAAAGAGGCAGCCGACAGAUAGAUAUCUGACAUAUGGAAUGCAACAACUUCAGUUGGGUUCGACUCUAACCAAUCUUGUAUAUGUUGCAAGAUGUCCGUAAGCCUCAUCCCAAAAGCUGCCCAAUCAUCGUCGGUACCCUUGGAACCAUGGCAUGUGUACACCUUUUCAGGGCAUGGCUCGUCAUCUAUGUCGCAAAGAUCGACGCUGAAAAAGCGCACCCCCAUGUCCAACUGUUCUGUGAAGUCGUGGAAAUGGUUGUUGUAAUAGCAUUUCGUGAACAGUUCACCGAAUUCCGCUGGAACUUCUGGGGCCACGCCACCGGUGUUGUCCGCGAGUAUACUCCCAGUCCAGCUGGCUGGAGUCAAAUCGAAUGAGCCCGAGUUGUGCGUGCCUGUAAAGGUGAACCUGUUGAGAGGCAGAUCGCACCACUCAUCUCGACCGUUGCACGCAGAGGCACAGCGCAACAACGCGUAGAUAACUCCAGAGACACCCCAGAACUUAAAGCCACAACAGGCCGGCCACGACAUCACGGGUCUGCCCAACUUCCGAGGAGCAACUGAGUGAAGCCCCUCGCUAGCCGACAGGCU